CAAAUGAAAAUGAAACAAAAAUAGACGUCGUUCGUAGCAUUUGUUUACUUUUUAUUUAGUGCAUCUGUCUAUUUGCCUAAAAUUAAUUGUGGAGCCGGCGGAGCAACAUUCUGGUUAUUAUAAAGGAGUAAUUUAUAAAUCAAUUAUAUAAACUUUACUACAUUUACAUAUAUCCAUAUACAUAUGUGGGUAUAAUUGCAAGCGUUUUGAAAUUCAUUUAUUGGUUUGACAACAAACUAGUAAAUUUUGUACAAUACAUGCAUGCGUACAUGCAUAGCUGGCUGAACUCAUUCUAGAAAGCCUUUAUUUGCCUCCUUGGGAUUCUACAAUGGAUGAAACCGAGGUAGUGAUAGAAAUUGAAAACUGUGAUUCCGAUGAUGCGGAUGCAAUGCUUGCGCAGAUAAAGAAAGAACUGGCCGACGACAGUGCUCCUCUAACACCCGAAAAAGAAAAUAUAGAACUAUCAGUCUGCACUAAAUCUGAAAAAGAUGAACCUGAUUCUACAUACAAUAUUAUAGAAAGCAGUGACAUAGAUGAUGCUUCCCCAUUAGUUGCUUCACAAACCGUUGAUAAAUUUAUUAUAUACGAACUAGAUCAGGAUAAUUUUAAAAAUGAUGUACCAGCAAUGCUUGAGAAGCCACAAAGCGCAGAGAUUGAAGCAUACCAAAAACCAGCAAAAGGAAUUAAUGAAUUCAAUGCUGCCAAACGUCAUUUUCCAAAUUUAAACGAUAUAUCGAAAACAACGAGCCCAAUGGACAACCCUCUAUUGGAAAUAAAUGAUAUUGCACUAAACGAUGCCCAAGACAUCAUUUCGCUGGUAUCAUCUGAUGAAGACGAGGUGAACGUUACAAAUGGCUAUCCGAUUCGGAAGUCUAAUACUGAUACAACAACACUAUCUAACUCGAAAAAUGCUAAAUCGAAAAAAAGAAAACAUGCCGAUGUAGAAGCAGACGAGAAAAAUGAUACUGUAAAAAAUUACCACCAUCAUAUCUCUACUGACGUUUUCACUCAACUCGAGUUAAAAGACUUCUUUGAGCGUGCGUUCGAAAAAACACGAAAAUUAAGCAUCAGAAGGCGCCAGAUAAUUAAAAUGUGGCUGUUUAAGGCCGUUUGUAAAGCGCAAGAAGAUUUAGAGGCUAACAAAUUUUGUGAACCAUGUUACAAAGCAAAGAGGAAAGCAGUCAAAUGGAAACGCUAAUUAUAUAAGAAAAA